AAAAAGAAGAGUUCAAAAGUCAGCACGACGUUUGUGCAGCUCUGCGAAGGUUCCGAAAGGAUACAAAAAUUUGCCAGCAAUCAGUAGAAUAUAUCCUGCUCGCAGAACCGUGAUAUUUCUCGUACGAUGGAAGACGAUUGGGAAGCGCUGGCCGGAGCCAAAGCCGAGCAGCUGUUUGCGAAGGCGGAUGGCGCUGUUCGCGACAAAUGGGCUGGCGAAGACGAGGAUGAUGUAAAGGAAAGCUGGGAGGAUGAGGAAGAGGAAGAGGAGAAAAAGGACGAAUCAAAAGGAGAUAAAUCGCCAGCUAAAAACGCCAAACCCAAGAAAACUGCCCAACAGAAACAACUAGAAAAAGAGCAAUUGAAACAGGAAAAUGAUGAAAGGCUACGAAGAGAGGAGGAGGCGGAAGCUUCUCUCACGCCGGAACAGCGGUUGGCCGAAAAACGAAGAUUGCAGAAACUACAAGAAGAAAAUGACCUGAAGACGGCUAUGGAAACACUAGGAAUCACAUCAAUGUCCAAUAGCGGUGGAAUCGAUGGAAUGCACCCGACCACGAAGGAGGAAUUUGCCGAUCUAGCAGAUGCAAUUAGCAAAAAGCUUUCAAACUAUCGUGCACACCAAGAGUAUCAAGGAUUUUUAGAAGACCUUCUUCUUAAGGUAUUCGCAAGUUUGUCCUCCAACAGCAUCAGAAAAGCUAAAACGACACUAGACAACCUGUACUUGGAAAAACAAAAGGUCGAGAAAGGUGACAAACCAAAGAAGACCAAAGGCGUCAAAGUAAAGGCGAGACUGCGUGUCGAGGGAGAGAACUCUGAAAUUAAUGAAUAUGCCACCAAGUAUGAUGAUUUCGAUGAGUACGAUGACUUCAUGUAACGGUUGUUACGGCUGCCGAUAUCAACCUGCAUCAAUGACCUUUUCAUCAUGCGAGCCCCUCUCGACAACAUGUACGGCUGAACGGUGCACAGGAUGUGAGAAUGGAAACAGAACCACGUACACACAAGAACAGCGAGCAUAGAGUAAGGAAGAUUAUUUACAUUAGCUGUGUAUUAUCCUCAAUGUUAAUCGGUUCAGUUUUGUUACAUUUCAAACUCGUCUUUGAUAAUAAAUUAGCAUGACAACCAGUCUGAAUGCGGAAAAAAGAGAAGACGGUGUUUGACAAAUUUAUACCGAAGGAAAUAUGGAAGGAAAACAAUCGCAAUAUGCAAGAUAGAAAAACACCAUUUAAUAUGCUUUCACUUUUGGCAACCCUAG